CUCAUUAUAGUUCGGAAAGUUUUUUUUUUAAUUUAUCUGACCCCUAAUACCAUCAUUUACCAUAAUUUAUCUGGCCCCUACUACCAUGCUGUCGCUUCGCCUGCCCAGGUGUAUAGCCUGCAGUCAGAAGCGGAAUAAAGUGGGUCGUACGGAUAUUCAUUGUUGAGAAACGCGUAGUGAUGGUAUCCAAGCAGUGCAAUGGCACCGUAAAUGCAAAAGUCUUGUAUCAUUCGUAUUGAAGUCAUUAGUGAGGGGAAACUCAACGGGUUUCAUUUCCAUGCUCGGAGGUACCGUCACGUCUCGUACUGAUGACGUCCAUGGUAGCUAGGCUGCGGGGCUUCACUGAGGUCCAAGCGCUUUUUACGGUAGUAUAACAACCUACCGAAUAGCCCGUUUGUGCCACGUUAAACUGCCAACGGCGGGAUCAGAAGUCGAUUGGGGACGCGGAUCAAGGUACGAUCAGAAUGGCAGGAGUGUUUGACAUCGACCUGGAAUCGGAGGAUGUAAGCGACGCAGAGGAUGAAGUUUGCAACUUCACGGUGGCAGAAACAGAGCCUCCAGAGACCGAGGAGGUGGAACUCACGAGCGCCAGUGUCAAUCGGAACAGUGAGAGAGUGGGCCCAGAAUGCUUUGAAUUGCUCACUGUACUGGGGAAAGGAGGCUAUGGCAAGGUAUUCCAGGUUCGUAAAGUGCAAGGAAGUCAGACUGGUAAAAUAUUUGCCAUGAAAGUAUUGAAAAAAGCAAAAAUUGUGCGCAAUGCGAAAGACACUGCCCAUACUCGGGCGGAGAGAGAGAUCUUGGAGACCAUUCGCCACCCCUUUAUCGUGGACCUGUGGUACGCCUUUCAGACUGGAGGCAAACUCUACCUCAUACUGGAAUGUCUAAGUGGUGGAGAGCUGUUUAUGCAACUAGAAAAGGAGGGGAUCUUCAUGGAAGACACAGCCUGCUUCUACCUGGGUGAGAUCACGUUGGCUCUUGGCCACCUCCACUCAAAUGGGAUCAUCUACAGAGACCUGAAGCCUGAGAAUAUCAUGCUCAGUCAUGAAGGCCAUAUUAAGCUCACCGAUUUUGGCCUGUGCAAGGAAUCCAUCCAUGAUGGAGCUGUCACGCAUACUUUCUGCGGCACCAUCGAGUACAUGGCCCCAGAGAUCCUGACGCGCUCAGGACACAACAGGGCAGUGGACUGGUGGAGCCUAGGAGCACUGAUGUACGACAUGAUGACUGGCUCGCCUCCGUUCACGGCCGAUAACAGGAAGAAGACCAUCGACAAAAUCCUGAAGUGUAAACUCUCCCUUCCCCCUUACCUCACGCCUGAUGCUAGAGACAUGAUCAAAAAGCUUUUGAAGAAGAAUCCAUCUCAGAGGCUGGGAUCUGGUAAGGCUGACUGCUCUGAUAUACAGAAGCAUCCUUUCUUCCGACACAUUGUCUGGGACGACCUGCUGAACAAGCGCACGGAGCCGCCCUACAGGCCACCACUGCAGUCAGAUGAGGAUGUCAGUCAGUUUGACAGCCGCUUCACCAGACAGACUCCUGUGGACAGCCCCGACGAUGUAACCCUGAGUGGCAGUGCCGAUCAUGCUUUUGCUGGUUUCACGUAUGUGGCCCCUUCAGUGCUGGAGAGCCUGAAAGAGGGCUUCUCCUUAGAGCCGCGAGCUCGACCCAUCCGCCGGCACAACAGCAGCCCGCGCACACCUGUCAGUCCUCCGAAGUUUUCCCUCACAGACCCCUUCAAGAACAGUAUGGACAAAGAUGAGGAGACCCCCGUGCAGAAACCACCCCUUCCCCUGGAGAACUGUGCCACACAGCCAAUCAGAACACCAGGACGCAACAAGAAACAAAAGUGCCAUCGGAGCGGCAAAUGAAAGUGGCUGUCAUUUGAGGAGUCGGAAUUCUUUAGAAGGGUUUUGCACUGUCCAUUUUUGACCUGCUGUUCAUGCCAAAACCAAAGCAUCAUGAUACACUGGGGUGGUGAACACUUUGUGAAUAUCGUGGUUGGAAAACGUUAUAUUGUGAUCAAAGCUGGCCGUGAACUAAGUGCAGUGAAUUUUUGUUUUUCUGGAAAGCUUUUCUACUGAAUGAAUUUGUGUGCAAAACUGAUUUUCUGUUAAAUCAUUGUAUGUUUGGUUGUGAAAACCUCACUCUGAAAUUCAAUGUUGGCUCGGUUGUUCUUUUCCGCUGUUAAUGGAAACCUUUCGGUUACAUGUGUCGUGUAAAACAGGUGUCUUGUGUAAAAGCAAAAACCUACAGUCAUGGGCUAUUUUGUCUACAGGAAUAUGAGACUUAUAUAUUAUUACAAAUAAUUGUUACUAUUUUCAAUUAAUAUAUUGACUGGAUUGUAUUAUAUUUAAAGCUUUAUUUACCCUCAUCACUUUAUUAUAUUUAAUUUUAGGGUAAUAUUGGGUUGUUGCUUGAAAAAAUAAAUAUAUCAAGAUAAAAGGAGACUGACGGUCUAAUUUAUAUUUCAGAAUAUCUUGCAUAAUAUAAAUCUUUUAUUCAGAUGAAUACAUACAGUGCUCAAUUUCAAUGUUCAAAAUACCUUUAAAACUUUUGUUGACGUUGUGACCUUUUGUUUUAAAUAAACAUUAAAAUCUUGGCGAAAACA